CAGCUCUCUGCUUCACACCCAGUGAGUCCUUCUCUUCCUGUUCUUUAGAAUAUUCCUGCAAAUAGAAAAAUAAAGGAGUCUGUUUCCUUUUUCCAGUGAUGCUUGUGUUCAUUCUGCUGGAUGCAAAUAUUCAGUGCAGUGAUGCAGCUUUUCACGUCGUUCCAAACCGACUGCAGCAUUUUCAGUUUGAGUCGGUCUCUUUUCACUGCGAGGGUCUCCAUGGCUCCACGCAGUUCAGAGGAAUCAGGAAAACUGAGGAAUUCACUUCAGAGUGCAACAUUAAGAGGACGUCUGAAGGUUCCUCCUGCACCAUUGACAGAGUUUAUCCAGGAGACAGCGGAGCUUACUGGUGCGAGACGCAACUGGGCCACAGAAGCAACGUUGUCAACAUCACCGUCACCGCUGGUUCUGUGAUCCUGGAGAGUCCCGUCCUCCCUGUGAUGGAGGGCGACGCUUUAACUCUUCGCUGUCUAACCAAGAAGACGUCUUCUGAUGUGGCGGCUGGUUUCUACAAAGAUGGACUCCACAUAGGGAGCAGCUCUACAGGAGAGAUGAUCCUCCACAGUGUUUCUGGCUCCGAUGAAGGACUCUACAAAUGUCACAUCUCUGGCAUUGGAGAAUCCCCUCAGAGCUGGUUGGCUGUCAGAGGUCUUCUCAGAGAGCCUCGUCCCUCCUCAGAUGACUCCAUGCAGGUUUUGUUUGUCCUGAGGACUGUUUUCACCGUUCUGCUGUUGUCUCUGCUGCUGCUGCUGGUGGGACUUCUUCACUUUGGGAAACUGAGAGUUACAAAGAAAUAACUGGACAAACAUAUUUCUUGAUCUGUGUUUUUCAGGUUGUUGAAUGCGGAUUUAAGGUGUUUGCAGUGAGUGUCGUUGGACUUUCUCAUGUUUAAAAAGACGAAAAACCGCAGAGGACUGAUACACGCUGCUAUUUUUUCCUCACUUGUUCUGAGUUUUGUUUUAGAAGCGGCAUUCACUGCAACUAAAACGAGCUUUUCAGACAAAACCACACGAGCAAAUGUUCGCUCUCUCGUUUGUUGAAGAGACACUCAGGAGGCUUUACAAAAAUAGCAGAUAUGCCCUUUCAGGCUUGAAUAAAAGGUUAGAAAAGCUGCUAUCAUGCUAAACACACUGAAGUUACUGCAUCAUUAAAAGGCUGGUGUUAAUGGUUUUAAAGGCUUGGUGAGUAUUUUCAUGAAAAAAGAAUAAUAGCAAAUCAGUUAUGCAUAAUCCCAUGGUUCUGUACAAGAGCAGCAAGAGUUUUAUUAUAUGACAUACUGAGGCAAACGUAAAGCCCCUUCCUGGUAAUCUGAUGGCAGAUUUUUCUGUCUUAGUAAGUCAAACCCACUAACAUUUCUGCGUCACUUUUGACAAUCUGAAGUGCAUACAGUUGCAUUAACAGAGUGACAUGCAAAAGUGACGUACUUAGAGUUAAUUGGUGUGAUUUUAAUAGUUUCUCCACAAUUAGGUGCCAAUAUUCAUACAAAAAAAUCACAGAAAAAAAGGCACAGUUACGUCCAUGACAAACUCAAAUGUCCAUAAAAAUACAACUUAGCUACUAUAAAAAUAACUGAGAUUAAUGAGAUUCAUUAAAAAUAAAUGCAAUGCAGGUCAAAGCUGACAAGAGCUGAAGUUGAAUUUGUUGCUUUGUUGUUAUUGUUAUAUUACCUGCAGCAUCUGAUAAUGUCUAUAUUUCUAACCGAUGGCGACAGGAUGGAUCAGAAUCAGAUCGACUACAGGUAAAUAACAUGUUUCACAGCAGACGUCUUCAGUUUGGAGCUUCGUCUGAGGAUAUUUUGAUUUAACUGUUGCUAAAGAAGCUGUUAAAUUGUCAUCGCAUGUGGACAGAAUUUUCAACUAUGUGCAAUCUUCUGUUCAUUAGUGCGGUUUUGUAUAUUAUACGUCACUUGAUGCUC